CUCAAACACAGCACACACACACACACACACACAGCACACAGCACACACUACACACCACAAGACUACACACAGAAGCUAACAUAUUGCCUAUGUUUUUCUUCCAGACUCGUUUUGCCCUUUUUUUGGCUACCCCUGCCCUGUCUUUGUAUUGUGAACUCGUGAUUUUAAAGGAAAAAAGAAAAAAAGGUGGCAGUACUGCAACAUCUGGACGAUAACUGCCGUUAAAAUCACAGAAGGCGGAAGAAAAGGAUGACGAGGAGAAAGAAAGUGAAAGAGAGGCAGUAAAGAGUAACGGAAGAAGUGUUCUUGUGUGAGCGCGGUCCUCCACGGGGAACUCCAGCCUCUACACUUUUUUCCCUUCAAUGAAGGAAUCUUCUGCUGCUUUCACCCGUGGCCGCAGCUGUUUUCUCGCCUGCCUCUCUUCUGUAGUAAGAUCUUCAGUGAAGCUAAUUCUUCUUUGCUUCAACACCACAGCAACCUCUGGAAGCUUUCCACACUUUAUCCCUGCAGGAACACAUUGAGAACUGAAUGAUAACAUGGUGAGGCUGGGUGCCAUCUCAAGGUUGGCCAAUUGUGUGAACUGAGUCAACAAAACAUUGCAAGAAUCUACCCAAGGUACAGUCACCCAUCUGACAGCCACCAGUCUGCAGCUUCCAAUCGACUAAGAUAACUAACCAACCUUGACUGAACUUUGGAGGUGUGGAACAGUAGCUCUAGAUUUCUUUAGAAAACUUUGAUGGAUUUAUUUGUUAUGACUUCUGAGUACAUGUCUGUUUAAUGAAUCAACAAUGCCCAGCUAUUCUAGGACACACCAUUUUACUCUGAUGUUUACAUGCUGGCUGGGGGGAUUUAGUACAUCUGUGAUAUUUUUCCAAUACUUUGAACCAAGCUGCAAUGUUCGACCAGUUCCCCAACCUGUUCAACCAACUUAUAAAAACUGCACUUGCACUCUCACUCCCACACCCACUCCCAACAAAGCCCCUCAGCAAGAAAAACCCAUCAUGCUAGUGUGGGACUGGCCUGAAACCAACGACUUUAGAUUCGACCCCGUUGAGUGUAAAAAAAGAUUCAACAUUGAUUCGUGCCACCUGACAGAUGACAGAAAUCUCUACAAGCGGUCAGAUGCCGUUCUCUUCUACCACAAAAAUAUUAAAAAGGAUCUGUCCAAUCUUCCCAAAGAUCCUCGUCCACGCUUUCAAAAAUGGAUUUGGUUUAACCUCGAAUCACCAACCAACACUAGACCAAAGGCAGGUUUGGAAAACAUCUUCAACCUCACCCUCACUUACAGACGGGAUUCGGACAUCUCUGUGAGGUACGACGUGGACGUCAGCAAAACCCCAGUUGAGGACUUUAAGAUUCCAAAGAAAGACAAGCUCGUCUGCUGGUUUGUGUCCAACAUGAACCCUUAUACUGGAACAGGAACCAGGACGAAGUACUAUGAAGAGCUCAGCAAAUAUAUAAAAGUGCAUGUUUAUGGAAAAAUGGCUGGAUCGCACUUUGAGGAUAAAGAUUACUACCCUAUCAUGGAAAGCUGUAAGUUCUACCUGUCGUUUGAGAAUUCCAUCCAUAAGGACUACAUGACUGAAAAGUUAAAUGGCCCAUUUGCAGCAGGGACUGUGCCUAUUGUGUUGGGACCUCCAAGAGAAAACUAUGAACAGUUCGCUCCACAUGAUGCGUUCAUUCAUGUAGAUGACUUUCCUGAUGCGUCAGCGAUGGCUAAACAUAUCCUUAAACUGGACAAGGACGAUGAGGCUUACAAAAAGUACUUUGAAUGGAGAAAAUACAUGUCUGUGAUUCCCCAUUACAAAGUUUGGAAUGAUGAGUUUAUCCUGCCGAUUUGUCGUGCCUGUGAUUAUAUUGCAAGGCACAAAGAGUAUAAAGAGAUACAUGACCUCUUCAAGUGGUUCUUUUCAUAAUCAAUAAGAUUACCUCUUUAUUUAUACAGCAUUUCUCAGGGAGAAGAUAGAAAUAAAUGGUUUUAGUGGGAAAUCACAUGUGCAUGUUAAACUUGCUGUAAUAUUCUUUUUUAUUUUUUAUUUAUGGAUCAUCUUAAUAGAACCACUCUAAAUAAACUAA